CCUGUCCCAUGCGGUAGCGGCGUAAUCAGGAGGGAACAGGGCUGACGCGCACCGCGCCACAGAGAGCUUUGGCUAUUGAUAAGCCUGUGACGAAGGAGCGGACAGCAAACUCCCAUUGUAUGCUAACACACUUGUGCUGCGCUUAGAGGCGCACCGUGCGUUAUAAGGAGAGAAUAACCUCAUGUAAGGCUACAACGCGUGGAAAAGGAACAUAAAAAUGGAUUUUAAUACACUUGAAAAGUGUUGAUGUCUCGAGGGAUAACCUAGCAUUAGCCUAUACUAAUGUGUAAAUGGAUAAGAGCGUCUGCUAAAUGACUUAAAUGUAAAUGUAAAUGUAAAUGUAAAUAACAUUUGACUGAUCUAGUCUAUAAUAUUGUUUGGAAGCUUUGUUUUAUGUAUGCAAGUCAUUUAAAUUGGUCAGAAGAUGUUUUUCUCAUUACAUUGAUUUUUUUUGUUGAUAAUGUUUGAAGUUUAUUUUAAAGCCAUCGGCUCUAACAUGUGAUGUUUUAAUUGCACACUAGGACUUUUACUGACUCGAAUUGUGUGAUACCAAACUAUCUGAGACUAUCAUCCUGACCGCAGGAGAUUGUGUUUGGAACACACCACAAAAAAGUUCAUUGGGGAUUUAAUACAUCAAUUCAAGAUGGACCAAAUCAUCUUUAAAAAAGUCGCCUUACUCCCCUAGUCCCCUGACAGUGGAAUUUCGAGCUCGGUGGACGUUCUAAGUGGGAAGCGUAUAAUUGAGUAGGCAACAAUUGCUAAUUGACUGGAUAUACUUUGCUGAGACAAGCGUGGGUGUCCGUCUGCUCGCAACGCCAGGAGUUCCAAUUCCACAGAGCGAGCCGCUGUCCCUGCGCUUAGUGCUGAGGGAGAGACUCGUGCUGUUUCCAUAAAUGCUUGGUCUAUCGCGGAGAAUCCAGCCUGGGCAGCAAGAUGAGCUCGUGGGUUUGGGUUCAGCUGCUCGCGUUGUUUGCGACAUGUCUGUGGUCGGGCAGCGCAGAGGGGGAUCCUCUCCCUCCAGGUUUGGUGGAGCUGGUUAGGAGCAACCCUAUCUCUUCCAUAGAGGACCUGCAGCUGUUGCUGCUCAGUGACUCCGUAGAUGAGGAUAUUUCGGAAGAUUUUUUGCCCAGUGGACAACACUCCAACAACACUAGCAACCGACUACCAAGGAGUCUGGACGCCCAGCCGGCUCAGCAGGCGCUAUGUAAGGUGAGGACAGAGGUGAUGGAGGUGACCCGUGCCAUGUUGGACCGCAGCAACGCCAACUUCAUGUUGUGGCCUCCCUGUGUAGAGGUACAGCGAUGCUCCGGCUGCUGCAACACCAAGAGCCUGCAGUGUGUCCCCGUGCUGACGCACACCAGGCACCUACAGGUGAUGAAGAUCCAGUACGUGGAGAAGCGGCCCAACUACUCCAAGGCCGUCGUCUCGGUCCACGACCAUGUGGAGUGUCGCUGCCAGCCCGCCCCUCGCCCCCCGGCCGUCCCCAGGAAGAAGUCCACGCCCCGCAGACAGCAUAAAGACAACAAAGGAGAGGGGCAUCCGGCCAAGGCCAGAUCCAAGGAGGAGCUGCACCGCAGAGAUGAGCUGAAGCACAACCAGAGGAUCCAGCUGGAAGACCUGCUGGACCAGCACUGGAACCCCAAGGACACCUCCUCAGACGCAGGGGCGGGGAAAGGGGGCUAUGGGCUAGACCAUGACAAGAUGGAUCCUCAGUGGGUACUUAACGCCACCAGCCAGCUGGGAGCUAAGGAGUGGACCGAACGUCGACAUCACGAUGACAUGGAGGAGGGGAGAGACAGUAGUAGUGUCAACGGCACUACAACCGCAAUGGACAUCGACAUGGCACAACUUGACCACGAGAAGAGAGACGGGGUCGAGACACGAGGGGACACACUAUUUAACAUCACUGAGGGUAAUGUCAGUAGGGGAGAUAGGCAGCAGGGAAGUCUGAGUCUCAGUGAGGGGGGAGACCAGGAGACACAUAGACAACCCACACAAACACAGAGUCCCUCGCUACGCACCAACACAUCAAAGCAACAGCGACAUGGGACCAACUCCUCCUCAGAAGAAACCAAAAGCAGAGAGGGAGCCAAUCAAAGAAUGGAACAGCGAUUCUAUUCUACAGAGGAAACCAAUCAGAGGCCCGAGAGCAGAUUCCCUCCCCUUGAGGAAGCCGAUCAAAGACGUAAAGACAAUGAGACCCCCGAUUCAGAGAGGAGGCUCCAGCACGCUCUCCAACUGGAACAGGAGAAGCUGGAGGAGGAGAGGAAGGAGCUGUUGUUACUCCACAGGAGACUGGACGAUGAGAAGGUGAGACUGCACCUGAGACGGGAGCAACAGAAACAACAGCAAGAAGAAGAGGAGCAGAAGUACCCUCGGCCUAAUCAUAAACAUCAUCAAACUCAAACCACCACACAAAGAACAGACACAGUGUCGCCCACUUCAACGCGAGCGCCCUCAGACCUGGCUGGUCCCCGGCCACCUGCUCGGCCCGGCCCACCUAGGAAGAGAAUGAGGAAGAACAACCGUAAGCGCAUCAGCAAGGCUGCAAUGAGAGCAAUGCUAAUGUAGAACCUACAAUCUCUCUGCAGGGAGUGAGGUGCUCGGUCUUUGUUCUGGACAAUCCAGUGGCGACACCAAGCAGUUAAUUCCUUUCUUAUGAGUUUAUAAUCAUGUGUCAGUAACCUGCCCAUCCUAUGACCGUGAGUUAUUCCCUAAUAGUACUAAUGAUUGUCUGGUGAACCCAAAACAACCCUUGGACAGAAAGAAAUAUGGGACAAGAAGAAUGGGAUGUAAAUACAUAGGAGGCUGAGGUGUUCCAUCAACAUUUGUCUGAUCCGUCAAAAGAUGAUCUCCUUUUAACAACAAGAUGUUCCCCCAGUUGGAUCAAGAACAGUGGAACGUUGGAAGAGAACAUUCAAACAACUUUGGGAGAUAUCAUUGGAACACUGGAAGACCGUUGGAACGUUCACAAGGAUGUUGGACUGUUGCUGGACAGGGCUAUUGGACCUCCCUCAUGACUUUUCAACGGCGUAGUAAAACCACUCCGGUCCGUAGAGAUCAAGUCGGUUAAAAACUCUUUGUAUGCUCUUCCGAGGCAUGGUUCAUUAUAACUCCCAAGAAGUGGACUGAUCACGCUUGUCAACGAGAGGAGAGAGAGCUUCUUUUUUUUUUUUUAAAUAUCUGUCCAAAUCUCCCAUUUUUCUAUGAGCAGGAGAUGCUGAAAAUACGUGUUUUUGUUUGAAAAUAUAUUUCAAAAGUACAUAUUUCAAAAAUGUUGCUCACUGGGUUCCGACAUGGAAGAAUACAUUUUCUUUUUCCGACUAGAAAGGAUACACUGGUAGAGGACCAGGAAAAUACCAUGGCGGGCAGAUAUUACAGGAACAAUGGGAAAGAAAUGAUGACAUUUAUAUGAGCUAGGACUGUUGGAAUGACUGGUAGUCUUGACUGAUGCGAGCAGUAUCCCUACAUUGUACUUUCGCCGCUCUAUAUGUCUCAUCUCGUCAAUGUCUCAUCUCGUUUUCUAUAAAGAUAUUUAAUUGUAUUUAAUUUGAUCUGAAACACUGGAAUUCCAUGCACAGGUUUGCAUUCUCAUGUUCAGCUGAGGCUUCCACACUUCUUUCGGAGAGUGUGGUUAAAGACGCAAGGUGCUAUACAGGGGUUGCAUUACACCUUUAUGUCCGCCUUUAACAUUAUUUAUUCCUUAUAUCACAUUGGUCUCCUGUGUUCAUUAUCAAUAGGAUUACUACAUAUGAAGCAUUUUGGGGGUUGAAUAUCGACCCCUCUUCAGGUCUCAAUAUAAUUUGAGCUGUCAGCCUUUGUGCACACAGGCCAUAGUCUAGAUUAAAUUAGAUCAAGCAUUAUCUGAGGACAGCAGACAGCCACAUAGCGGAUGUUUUGGCGGUUUUAGAGGAGGAUUGGCGCAGUCAAAUUGGCUCAAAGUCAGAAAAUAAAGUGUAGUCUAUAUAGAAAUAAUUACACUCCAAUUAAAAACGAAUUAAACAUUAGGAUUUCUAUCAUCCUAUUCAAGGUGUAGAUUACAACUCAGUGUUCCAACUUGUAAACAAGGCUGCAAAGCAUUUCUGUUAAUGAGACUUUAGGUAUAUUGCCGGGAGCCACUUACGGAUUUGACAGCCCUAAAUCGCCAAAACAACCGGCUAAAGCGAACACGGAUCUGAUUGAAUUGAGCCCAAUGUAACUACAAUGAAAAGCUUUGAAAAGGGAAAAGGUGUUGUCUGUUGCCUGCCAUUCACUGUCUGUAUGAUAGACAAGUUAUGGUAAUGACUUUGUGUCGUUGUAUAACUUUGUGUGUCAAUGUGGGUGUGCAUGUGCAUGUGUAUGUGCAUGUCUGUGCUCAAGCGUGUGUAGAAUUUGAGUGUGUAUGCCCGUUUGAGUAAUUGUAAGUAUGUGAACAGAAUCAUAUUUAUGUGUUUGAUCACUAACACUCAUGAAUCCAUAAGUCAGGUAGUCCCUUAUUCACAAUGCUCUUUGCUAACCAGUCCAUGUCUGCAUAGGGAACAGUAGAGAAUCAGACCUUGUGUAUCCUGAGUCUGUGUGUUACUUUAUUUAAUAAAGGCAGACAGACACAGCAAGGGUACUGGAAUAGGAGACAUUGUCAUUUUUAACACAGAGAAUUAUGCACUAUGCACUCUCUCUGUCAGUUUGUGACAGCACACACAAACACGCCCCAGACUGUCAGUUUGUGACAGCACACACAAACACGCCCCAGACUGUCAGUUUGUGACAGCACACACAAACACGCCCCAGACUGAGACCCCAGUAUUGUGACCCAGCUAAAGCAGGGAUUGUGGAGAAAUCAUACAGUGUGACAGUAAUCCUAGUUUUAACACCCCUUUGCUACAAAAUGUUGACAUUUAAUAUUGAUUAACAGUAAGUUGUCCUAAAAAAAAGGGUUUGAGCUUUGUUUAUUAGUAUCCUAUGGAUUUUACAAGGAUGUUUUGUAAAACUAUUUGGUGAACAAUCUAACACUACAAUUUGAAGAGAAGAAGUGCCUUGAUAAAAGUUUCAGAUAAUAAAAUCAGCAUGGGUUAGAUGUGUCAAGCAAAGAAGCUCAGUGCUUGUGUGUGGAACCUAACUACCAGCCAAAUAUAGAAAAUGUGGCAUAUUCCAUAAUGCCUUCUUUCAACUGUAAUUAGUUAUUGUCUGUUUUGUUUUGAGUUAUCAAAAAAUGAAUGUUGUGAUAAUUGCCACUUAAUUCUAUUUUGAUAUGAUUAUAAAAAAACAUAUGUGAGAAAGUGUA